GGUUAGUGGGGGAUGGGGUCGGACGACUGAAAGGGUGACCCCUCCUCUCCGCAGCUACCAAGUGAAACCAGCAAGCGCUGCUUGAAGUGAAACGAACACUUGGGUAAAGAUUGAGGACAAUCUAAAUAAUUGUUUUGCUUUUUUGUUGUCAUUGUUUUGUCUUGCAAAGUUGGUGGUCUUUUUUGGAACAGUUGUGAUCCAGUUCAACUUAUUUUGGGCUGCCUGGUGUCAGCCAUUUUUUCCAGCACCGCAAGAAAGGAUUUGAUGAAGGACUUAUAUGCUUGUUUCUAUGGUAACUCUGUGCUUCCUGAGCCUUUGAAGAGAAGGAUGGCAAGCCAAGCCAGCUGCAAGUCCAACAAGUCCAAGCCCUGUUCGCCAACGAGCAGCAGCGAGGGCAUGGCCCCUCCACCAAGAGCCAAUAAGAAGACAAUUGUGGACGACAUCAUCCUGACCUUCAGCUCGCCCAUGGCGUGGCUGCUGGUGGUGGCGUUGGUCAUUACGUGGUCGGCCGUGGCUGUCGUUCUCUUCGACCUGCUCGACUACAAAACCAUCGCAGAGUACACGUCAUACUGUGACGACCCCGUGUGUUUAUCUCCUGGUCUCCCGCCUCCCCCUGCCAUCGCCAAGCGAGGUUUGAAGGCCAGAGGAGGAGUCCGUCCACUAAGGUCACCCGUCAGUGAGUUGGCCACCCCGCCGGAGAGCACUGACUGGCUGGAGAUGAUGUGGACGUUUGCAGUCAGCUUGGUGGCCCCUGAUGACGACGACGUUGAGAGUGUGGAAGUGUUCCUGUUUCCUCUUUGUGGGCGGAGUUGUGAGACGUGUACAGCUGCUUCCCAUUUUCCCCAGAGGAUAUUUAACCUGCACCUUGGCAGCUGGAUGGCACUUGGCGAUUCCACUUCUUGGCUCCAUGACUGACAACUUCCAUAUCCGAUCCUGCUUGUAAUCCUGGUCGCUUGCGGUGCCAUCCAACUUGGUUCCUAGACAGCUGUUGCACGUCUUGCAACUCCAGCCUAAGUUUAGUCUAAGAUUAUUAUAUAGUUUUUGUUGUUUUUUCACGAAGCCCAUUUUGAGUUGUCAUUUUUGUUUCGUCGCUUUUAGUUCUCUCCUAUGUGGAGCACCCUUUGUUGUGAGUACACUACCAAGAGUAAAGAAACUGUUAAAUGAAUUAUCUUGUUUCUUUUUCCAUGUCUGCUUUGUGAUCUAAUCUUGCAUUUUCAAUUUCAUUGACUAUUUUUUAGGGCUGGACGAUAUAUCGAUAUACACGAUAUAUCGCGGGUUUUCCUCUGUGCGAUAUACAUAAUGACUAUACCCUGAUAUUUGAGUAUACGUCCUCACGCAGUUGCUUCUAGCUGCGGGCAUUACACUACAGGCUCUUCUCACUCUUUACUGUCUUUCCUCACAGACAAGCGCACCUUCUUACACACGUCACAUACUGUCACGUCAUACGUCACAUACGUAUACACCCUCGCGGAGCAGAAAGGUAGCAGCAUGGGUAACAUUAGCUGUGGUGCUAGUGGUAAUACGAGAGAAAGAAGGUGCAAAUGAAGGAAGAAGUAAUUACCAAGAAAAAAAAGCAGGGCGUCCAUCGUCUGGCUGUGGUUUGCUUCAAGUGGGAAUAUGUUGAACAGACAACAGUAAUUUGUCAAGUGUGAGCCAAAAGCGUUGCUAUAAAAAGUAGCAUUACUGCUAAUAUGUAGCAUCAUUUGAAAAGUCACCCGCUAGAGAAUGAAGAGUGUUUACUCCGCAUGUCAACAUCUCCGUUCGGUGCCACAUGCCCACACCAUCAAAAUGCCGAGGCAAACAUUUCCACAUCAACACCGUAUGAAAAAACUGGUCCACAACAUAAUUUAAUAACGUCCGUAGUAACCUACCACAUAACGAAAGACAAAUACUAUUUGAUUUCCUAUUAUGCAGCUCAUUUUUAUUUGACAUUUAAAAUGUCUCUGACAAUCUUGCACUUUCUGUUUUGGAAAUGACAUGAAAGUUUGUGCCAUUGCUUAAUAACUUGUUUAAUAAAUACAGUUUUGGUCAAUUGA